CAGCACUAGAGAGCACUGUUAAACCCAACUUUUAAAAUCGUGAAAUUGAGUUUGCUCGGCGGACCCAUAUACUUUCCAUGGAAGAAGAUCAAGAUUACGAUUACCUCGCCCGUCGUCCUGUUCAUUCGUCGGACGAGGAAGGCCAAAGCUAUAGCGGUUUUGAUAAUUCAAUUCAUGGAUCCGACGACGGUGACGAACUCCUUAGUCAUCUUCAUUCGUCAGAUGAGGAAAGGCAAAACGGAAGGAACUACUAUUUCAGUGAUUCAGCCAGAUCUGACGAAGGUGAUGAGCGAUACAGGCCGGGAAGUGUUCGGAGCUCUCCCAAAAGACGCAAAAUUCCCGAGGUAGAUCGCAUCAGUGACUUGCCUGACUCUGUCAUCCAUCAUAUCCUCUCAUUUCUACCGGCUGAAGAUGCCGUCAAGACCGGUGUUUUGUCUAAGAGAUGGAUGUAUCUAUGGACCCAUGCCCCAAAACUUACCUUCAGACACGAUCUUUAUUGUUCUCCAUCAACUCUUCAGGGAUUCUUGAGGUUUGUCGAUAAAACCCUAUUUUUCUACUCCUCUGGCAAGAUAGAAAAAUUUGAGCUGGAUUUUGACUAUAUAGAGGCCGAAAACGAUCAUAGAUUAGCCAACACAACUGAGAGUUGUUUAGAUUCUUUAAUCCACAAAUGGCUCCGUUUGGUUACGAGAUAUGAUGCAGAAGAGCUUUCUUUGAAUUUCUUCCAAAGGGAUAGGGAUCAGUAUUGGACAUUGUAUAGGCUUUAUAAUCGAUGUUCCAUCCCGCAAUUUGCCUUCAACAGUUCUUCACUCACAAAAUUAAGUACGAGACUAUGUGAUUAUGCACCCAAGGGACAGGUAUGUUGGACAUCCCUUAGGGUUUUGACUAUAGAAUAUGGUGAGUUGUCCAAUGAUGCGAUUCAAAGGAUUUUAUCAGGUAGUCCUAUGCUUGAACACAUGAAAUUGCAUUGCUGCUGGGGUAUAACUAGUAUUAAUAUUGGUUCAAGUUCUGUGCUUGAAUACUUGGAAGUUAGCAAUUGCUGGCCUAUAUCUCGUAUUGUUAUUAGUCCACAUUGUAGGAUGGAGAAAUUGGUGUUGAAAGAGCAGAUUCCUGAGAUUGGGGAAUCCAACUCUGUAAUGGAAAUUUUGUGUCCUACUCUGAAAUCAUUGGAAAUUUCUGGGAAUUGGAACUGCACGGAAUUCAGGUUGUUCAAUGUGUCAUCCUUAAUUGAUGUCUGCCUCACUUUCCAAGUUGAGGUUUCUGACUUGGAUUAUGUUGACCUCCUGAAGCACCUGCUUGAGAAAAUCAAGCAUGUCAAGAUUAUUACUCUUGGCACUUGCUGUGUUCAAGUUCUGUCCAUAUUAGAGUUCAGAGGAUUGCCCUGUCCUUUUUUCAACAGCAGUUGUGAAUGCUUAACUCUAAAUACAGAUUUAAACAAGUGGUAUCCCUUUCCAGCGGGACGCUUGUUUCAUUGCUUUCCAACUUUGCAGAAACUAGUCAUAGACAUUACAGAUGGUUAUGACAUAGAGGAAUGGCCUAACUUUUUUCUUCCACCCAACUAUCAAGAAAUAGUGGAUGAAACUUUCCAUGGCUUGUUUGAGCAUCUAAAGACCAUUGAGAUUGGCCUUAGACCCUUUGGUGAUGAACCAGAUGAUCUUGCGUUAGUAGGGUUUCUGCUCGAGAAUGCGAGGGUGCUGGAGGAGAUGAUUAUAGACUUUGGAUGUAAGGUUUCAAUGUAUCGUUCCUCUGAAAAGGCUAUACUUUUUGAAGUGACUCAGAAAUUGCUAAGGUUUCCAAGAUGCUCACCUCAUGCGGCAGUUCUUAUCCGUUAGUUUGUAUGUUUUCCUUUCCUUUCCCUUCAACCAAAUCUAGUGAUUAUGUAGUGCAAUGCAAAAAUGUUGUAACUGGGAUUAGUCCAAACUCAAUCUUCCUGUAAUUAUCAUGUCUCUAGCUUAGAUUGAAUUCAGGAUUUGAACCAAGUUUUUGCAGGGCACAUGGUUUAUACUUCAAAGUAGUCUCAAGUCCCAGCAGCAUGCUUUGCCCUUUUUUUUGUGGGUCGGCAAUAAUAUUUAUUUUUAUUU